AUGUUGCUUGCGGACGGCACAGUAGUUGUGGUAGUAGAUGCCGCAGUUCCCGAGGUCGAAGACGCAGUAGAUGACGUGGUGGCGUUGAUUGAGUUGCUAAUGGAGGCUGAUGCCGUGGUAGAGUUCGUGUAUGGGGCGCUUGUUACCGAUGCAGCCGGAGUUGUGGCACUCCCAUCUUCGGUUGUCGAAGUGGAAGCUUCACCAUUAGCUGCUGCGCUGCUGGUAGACGAAGAGGUAGCCGUGGUGCUGGUAGAAGCUCCAUCGGCCGUAGUACCCGCGGUCGACGACGUUGCCGCUGAGGUCAAGGUGUUUGACGCCGUGGCGCCAGUGCUCGUGGUAGCCGAUGGGUCGACCGACGAGGAGACAGUAGUGCCGGAGGUGGUCGUUGAUGUAAUACCCGGGUUAGCAGUCGACGACACACCGUUCUCGGUCGUCGUUGAGGUAGCAUUAGCGCUGCUGGAGGCCACGCUUGUGCUUGCUGCUGUAUCAGCCGUACCAGCGCUAGUUGAUGUUGGGUCCGAAGAGGCGGUGGACGUGCCGUUAGCGGACAAAGUGACGGACACCGACGCGGUAGUGGAUGCAACAUCAAUGGUGGUGGCGUUCGCAUUAGCAACGGAAGUAGAGGCGCUCGGAUCCGAUGAAGUAGUGGAUGUAAUCGAGGUGUUGUUGGCGCUUGAGUCGAUAACCGUAACGGACGGGCUGCCGCUAGUUGAGGUCGUCGCCAGCGUGGUUGUAACUGAGCCGACCGGGGUCGUGGAGGUGCCAUUAGCAGACGAGGAUGCAGAUAGCGACGCGGUAGUGGACGCGACAUCAACGGUAGUGGCAUUUGCAUUAACGACUGGGGUGGUCGAGCUCGGGUCGACAGUUGCGGUCGAUGGGAUGGUUGUUGUACCGUUUGACGAGCUCGUCACUGCAUCAGUGGGAGAAGCUGUGCCAGCUGAAGUCGUGUUAGCCACGCUUGCGUCAGUCGGCGAGGCUGCACUAAUAGAGGUCGUGUUGGAUGAGGUAGCCUCUGUCGGCGAAGCUACACCAAUCGAAGUCGUGUUGGUUACGCUGGAGUCAGUUGGCGCGGCUGCACCAGUAGACGUAGUGUUCGAAGCAGUGACCUCAGUCGGCGCCGCAGCUCCCGUAGACGUAGUGUUCGAAGCCGUGGCUUCAGUCGCAGCCGCAGCUCCCGUCGAUGUAGUGUUCGAAGCCGUUGAGUCUGUUGGUGCUGCAACUCCGCUAGCAGUCGUGUUGGACACGCUUGCGUCAGUUGGUGAUGCAACGCCAGUCGACGUAGUGUUGACACUAACAGCGGGAUCGGUUGGGGAGACUGAAGUGAUCGAUGUCGUGUUCGACGUACUUGCACCGGCAUCUGUUGGGGAGGCGACACCGCUGGUAGUGCCAUUGGCCACAGCGGUAGUGCUUGUUGGGGUAGCUUCACUCGUCGUGGCCGUGCUGCUGGUGAACAAAGUGGCUGUCGUAGACAAGUUGGCAGCAGCUGAGUUCACAAUCGAUGCGGAGGCUGUUGAGCCCAGGGUAGGCGUGGUAGAGUUAUCAGUGGCUGAAGUUGUGGUGCCGGCAGUGGGCUCUGCAACGGUUGCAUUGGCACUAGGAGAAGGCGUGGACGAAGCCGUGGUGGCAUCAUCACUAGUCGUGACGAUGCUCGAAUUGGCGUUUGCGGUAGGAGUGCUGGAGACAGUGGUGCCGGCAGUGGGGUCAACCGUCGUGGAGUUGAUCGAAAUGGAUGGCGUAGAGGAAGCUGAAGCACCAUCGUCACUGGUCGUAACGAUGCUCGAGUUGGCGUUAACCGUAGGAGUGCUUGAGACAGUGGUGCCGAUAGUCGGGUCAAUCGUCGUAGAGUUGCCUGACACGGAUGGCGUAGCAGACACUGUCGUGUUUGCGGAAUCGGUGCUGGAUGAAGUGGUGCCCGCGGUAGGCUCUGCAACGGUGGCAUUGACACUGACAGAAGGCGUGGACGAGGCUGUGCUGUCACCAGUUGACAGGAUACUGCUAGCGUUCGCAGAGAUGGUGGGCGUGACCGACGCGGUUGUGCCAGCUGUCGCAUCAGCAACGCUAGACGAGUUGGCCGUAAUGGACGGCGUCGAAGAUACCGUGCUAACAACACUGGCCGACGUAGUGGAGUCGGUCGUGGAGUUGGUUGCGGAGCUGACAGUCUUCAAGGCGGAGGUCGAUCCAACUUGGGAGAUCAGGCCAGUCACCGCGCUAAACAGCUGA